CGGUAUGGCGCGGUCAAUACAGCUGGCUCCGGGCUCGCUGGCGCUGGUGCUGAGUCCGCGGGAGGCCGGGCAGGCUGCGGGAGAGCCCGGCGGCCGCGCGCUCUUCCGCGCCUUCCGCCGAGCCAACGCGCGCUGCUUCUGGAAUGCACGCCUUGUUCGCGCCGCCUCGCGGCUGGCCUUCGUUGGCUGGCUGCAACGCCGGGUGCUGCUUGUGCGAGCGCCCCAGUCCUGUGUGCAGGUGCUGAGGGAUGCCUGGCGGCGCCGAGCCCUGCGGUCGCCCCGAGGCUUCCGCAUCACCGCGGUGGGUGAUGUCUUCCCAGUGCAAAUGAGUCCCAUAGCCCAGUGUCAGUUUGUGCCCUUGGCUGAAGUUGUUUGCUGCACUAUAGCUGAUAUGAAUGCGGCUCAGGUGGCUGUGACACAAGAGUCACUCUUGGAGCACUUGAUGAAACACUACCCAGGUAUUGCGGUUCCAUCCCCAGACAUUCUCUACAGCACACUGGGGAUUCUAAUUCAGGAGAGAAAGAUCUACCACACUGGAGAGGGUUACUUCAUAGUUACACCAAACACUUACUUCAUCACAAAUACAUCCAUACAGGGAAAUAAGAGCGCCCUCCUGUCAGAUGAAGGGUGCUCCGUGCCCACUUCUGUGACCUAUCUGGUGAGCGUGGACUGCUGUGCAGAGCUGGCCCAGGAGAAUGAGGACCCUGUUUCCCACUGUCCAUCCUGUCGGUGUUUCCUUGACACAAGCAUGCGGGACACUAAAGACCCACUGGCUAUUGCAGAAGUGACUAGAAAAAAACAGGAAGGUCUUGAACCCACACUUUUGAAUAGGAGCCAGGUAGUUUCAGCACCUGAAGACACCCACAUCUGUGUGAGCCCCAAACCAUUACCAUACACCAAAGACAAAGGCAAAAAGUUUGGUUUUGGUUUCUUAUGGCGCAGCUUAUCUAGAAAAGAGAAGAUAAAAAGAGAGUAUCACAGUUUCUCUGCACAGUUCCCACCUGAAGAGUGGCCCGUCCGAGAUGAAGAUGGCUCCAACAAUAUCCCCCGAGAUGUGGAACAUGCAAUAAUCAAAAGAAUUAACCCUGUGCUGACUGUUGACAACUUAAUCAAACACACAGUCCUAAUGCAAAAAUAUGGAGAACAGAAAAACUAUAAUAGCCAGGGCACUUCCACUGAUAUACAGACAACCAGGCAUAAGUGUUCUUCUAAAGAGGGAAUUCGAAAAAGGCAGAGCCGGUGUGCCAAGCCUCACAGGCGGGGCUGUUCUCAUCCGGUUAGAUACAAAGCAUGGAGCCUGGGUAGUGAGCUUGAGCCAGGAAGUGUUGGACUGGAAAAGCAACCUAAGAUCCCUGCAGCCCAGCCUGCUCCCAUAAUGAGGAGCCCUAAUGAAGAAAUUCAGGAGCUGCAUGGUGGGAACCCAGUUGUGCUAGAUUCCCACUUGAUUUAUAAAAAACAGAUCAGCAAUCCUUUCCAGCACAUGCAUCUCCGAGGACACCCAGUAUCCAAAGGGCACAAUGUCCAGAAGAGCCAGGCUCUGAAACCUAAUCUGGUUGGGCCAGAGGAAAAGCCUUUCCGAAGGGUGGGGUCUUCUGGUCCUUCAGGCGCCUUUGAUGGUGGAGCACAAGAGACAUAUUCGGAACAGUGCCAUGAAGAAAGGGAAGAAGGACCCAUGCAUGCAAUGAAGGCUCCUGUCCAUCCUGUCAGUGACAUUAGAGGUGGCUUAGGAAAUUACCUUCCACAUAGUGUUUUACCAAGCCACCCUCAGUAUUGUUCCUUCAGGGAAAGUGUGUUGAGAAGUGCUGUGUAUAAUGAAGAAAGCAAGGUCAUCCCUGAAGUCUUGAGAAAAAGUUAUUCUGACUGUGACAUGUUCUUGGGGACCAAAGAAAUGCAUCAGGUCUUGCCCUCACAAACUUCCUCCUCUUUGGAGCCAAUAUCUUGUGUGUAUACAUCAGUGGAUAAGAUGGUAUACCAAUUCCAAAGCCUGGGCCUCUCACGUUGUCCAGCUGGGGCAAACCAUUUGAGGAUACACGAAAGGCAAGGUGGUGACUCCGAAGAACUAACUCAGAAGGUGUUUGUCCCAGAGGCACAGAUUGUGAAUAUGGAAAAUGAGGGGCUUUCUGACAGUGAGCAUGUCGAGGCAGCCUUGAACCAAAGUGACACCUGGGUGGAUGAUGGGGCCUGCAGUUCCCUGUGUUUGGAGGAUGACGACUUCUCUGAGACAGAUGAUGACUCCUGUCACACACUGCCUGGGUACACUCAAUGUUCCUUUGCAGGUAGAGGCAGGCAGAAUCAUUUGGGAAGACCAAUGGUGACUGGAAGAUCUCUGACUGAAUGUAAUAGCAAAACGGAUAAGUUUGAGCCCCUGGCAAAUCACUGGUACAAGGCCACUGGGUUGUUUGAAAAUUCAGGGGAAGGCCCAAACCCUGAUCUUGAUGACAGCCCUGGCUUAAAUUCAGGGACUGUAUUUGGUUUCAACUACGAAGCAGAGCCUACUGCCUGUGUCCAUGCUCCAGCAGCUGCUGACAGAACUUUACUUAAAUGCUCUACUGCAAGGGAAAACAGUUGCAGGGCUGAGAUCCUGCAAGAUUCUUCUGGUGACACAGGAAAGAAUCCAACUGGCUGGAGACAGAGCCUUGAAAAUCAGGAAAUGGAAAAGCAUUUCACAGACCAAUUGCAACUUUUCAGCGCCUCACAUGUGCCAGUGUUGGCUCAGGAUCCACAGCGAGAGCACAGUGGCCUGGAAGGGACAGAAAGCUAUAGCAUGACAGGAGAUAGUGGGAUCGAUUCCCCGAGGAUACAGUGCCUGGCAUCUAAUAAUUCUGCCAUUUUGGAUGGAUUUAAAAGAAGACAGAAUUUUCUGCAGAACUGUGAAGGCGUGAAGAGCCAAAUGCUCCCAUCCAGUUCCCUGCUGCAAUUAACCCCUGUUAUAAAUGUCUAACUUAAAGAUGAGGUCUUACACUGUAGUUCAGGCUGGCCUGGAUCUCAAUGGGUAAUCCGCCUACCUUAGCCUUUGGAGUGCUGGGAUUACAGGCAUAAAGCACCAUGUCAGGAUUAAAAUCUUAGCUAACUUUGGAGAACUCUCUUUACAACUGGGGUAUGUAAAGAUCCUCUAAAGCUGAACACCUAUGUUAUUAU